AUGGAAUUUCAUUUUUAGGACGAAUAUUAAAUCAAUUAAGGGAUGGGCAAUUUGACGGAAAACUGCAAAUGAGAAUUUGAUGAGCAAAUCUAUGUUAUCAUUGUGUGAGUUUGAUUAAACAUAGAUAUAACGCAAUAAUGUCUGUACACCGACAGUAGAUGUAACGCAAUAAUGUCUGUGCACCGACAGGGAUGUUACGCAGAGUUUACCCACCCUUCACUUAAAGAUGCUAUCAACCAAAACAACAUUUCAACUCUUAAAUUGUCACUUUUAGUUGCAGAAUUUGCCCAGCAGAUGGCAGCAGCACAUGAACAGUUUGCCAAGGAAGUUCAGGCAGUGAUUGGUACAUUUAGACGUAAAAAUAAUGAAUUCAAAUUUGAACGACCAGUAGACUCACCUUCAUCUAUACAGAAAGCUUGGGAAUCACUUCUUCAUGAGACAGAAAUGGAUGCACAGGCACACCUGGAUGCUGCAAGUCUACUUAUAAAUAAUGUGUAUAAACCUUUGGAAGAAGUGGCCAUACACAAACAGAGUCAGGCUCAUAAACUCAACAACUUCAGAGACAAGUUUGAAGAAAUGUUGCAGAAAGUGGAAAACCAGAUUGAUAAUGCAGAGAAAGAUUACAUAGUUGCUUACAAUCAAUAUGAAGAUUGUCAUAUUAACAAAUCCAUGCUGUACAAUGCACACAACGAAUACAUUUUCCAGCUUCGGGCUUCCAAUAGAAGUAUAGACCAAUUUCAGAUAGCCAUUCCGCAAGUUUUAGAGGAAUUAGAAGAAAUCUACAUAGAUACUAGUAACACAAUCAAUGUAGCUAUAGAAAGUCACGCGUUAUUACUUCUGACAAAGGCUAAUGAACAGCAUCGAAGAUUUGAAGAUUUGUUACAGAUCUGUCGUCAAGUCAACCCUCAGCUUGAUGUUUCUUACUUUGUAAACGCUUUGAACCCUGAAUGUGCCAAGUUUGAACUUAAGCAUCAUAAGUUUCACCCAUUAGAUGGCACUGAGAAUGAGGACUGUACUUGCCUAUGUCAAAACCAAUUAAUCAUUGACAAAUCUACAGAUAUGGCUUUGCUAGAAAAAAGAACUUUACUUCAACGAGAGGCUGCGGAGCUUACGUCAUACAUCACACAGAACCAGGAUAUAUCACAUUCAUUAGUCAAUAUAUGUCAAAGAAAUUUAGCAAAUCACCUUUAUUCAAAAGUUUAUGAGACUCAAGAAGAUAUGUGUAGAAAACGAAAUGAAAUAAGAAUGGCGAACAUUCAGUUAGCAGCAGUAAGAGCCCAGAUUGAAUUGUUAACACCAAAACAGAAUGGCACAGUGGAAAAUACGGACCAAGAUAAGCAAUAUUCAUCUGCCUCAAUCAAGGGAAUGUGGAAAAAAGCAUUCAAAAGUUUAAAGAGUUCUCCAUCAGAUUCAAAAUUAAGCAAGAAAGCCAGUUUAAAGAAAAAGCAAGGAUCAAAAGAAGAAGAGGAAGAACAAGAGCAAGAACCUAGAGAAAUCGAUCCUGUCUACAGUUUACUGAAGUGUGCUGCCGACCUACCUAAAAAUUCACGGAUACCAUGCACAGUACAUGCUCACUGUGGGGGUCAUCAUAAUCCAGAUAGUAGUACUAGUACAUCAAAAACCUCAAGUCCUUCAUCAUCAGUUAGCCAAAGUCCGAAGACCAGGAGAAAAAAACUGAAUGCUCGCAUGAAAAGCUUUUCAUUAGAUGCCCCUGAACCCUCAAAACAUCUACUUGCCAUAGAUGAAACCACCAAGAAGAAAAGUAGUUCAUUUACUAACACAUGUUUACGAGGUUCAAGAAGUCCUGAUGACAAAUAUGCCCUUUCUGCAACAAAUUUGCGUAAAAAAUUUGCUUCAUCAGCAAAAGCCAGUUCGCUAGACAUCGAGAGUGGAGGCAUGUCCCCAUCACCUAAAGAAUCUCCGAAACCAAGUAGAAAAAACAAACAAGAUAAAGACAAAGACAAUUUGUAUGUUGUGUUAUAUCAUUUUAAAGGAAAAGAGAAAGAUGACAUGGAUCUCAGGGCUGGAUCAAAAGUACGUGUAACUGACAGUUCAGAUCCUGAUUGGUGGAAGGGUAAAUGUAAUGGAAGGUCUGGUUAUUUCCCAGCAAAAUAUGUAAUCACUAUACAGAAAAAUCAAAAGGUGUACCAAGUAAACCAUCCUAUGCAUCUAACUGAUGGAGAUGUCGACAUGAAACUUCACAAAGAUCAGAUUGUAUUACAGAUCGGUGAAGAAGACCAUGGAAUGAUCUUUGUCAAAGCUGCAAAUAAAAAACAAGCGAUGUGUCCACUUAAAUAUCUCAACGAAGUUUGACAACAACAGCAUUCAAACAAUUUACAACCACCGCAAUAUAUGUGUUCCUUUAUAUUCACACCAGUUUUAUAAGCAGGUCAUUCAGUAUUGAUAUUCUUGGGAGUUCAUAUGUGCUGAAGCAGGGUUACGAUUUUUAUCAGAUAAGAUUUUGUUCAAGUCUUGACAAAUUAGGUUCCCUGAAACUAUGCUAUACAUCUGCAGUAGUCCUGUAUGAACACAAGUUUUUAUGUACGGCUA